AUGUGUUGCGCCCUCCGAAAGGCGUCUCCAACUUUUGCGGCAGUAAUUGUCUGGCUUGAGAUGCAAUAUCCCAAGCUGUACAUCGACAUGGGGGCUCCUCCCCGAGAACACUUCUAUUUUUCAUCCUGUGACGAGCACAUGAGCCGGGACGUCUCGACACCCGUCAAGCAUUUCUUCAUGAGUCUAGACAACUCAUAUAUCAAGCGGUGGACGGCGACACCUUUGAAGAACCGCGCCUUUGCUUUCCCUGCCAGCCUCCAGACAUGCAAGUCCGUGACCAUGCGGCCCAGCAGAACGUUCAUGGAGUCGAGGCCAGCUUACGAGAACUUCCGACACCUCCUCUCAAUCAAGUUCCCCGCGCUCACCCACCUCCACCUCGACACCUCCCUCUUCGCAAAAGCGGCCGCGGGCGGUCGUUACGUCUUCAUGCUCGGCGCCGUGCCACUGCCUGCACUCGUCUUUCUCCGCCUCUCUCACGCGCCGGAGUGCAAGUGCGUGGCGCUGGAGGGGGACCUGCACGAUGAGCGCUGCGUUUUCUUCGGCGUCGUUCGGGCGUGUCCCAGGCUCAGCCGCAUCCAGCUCGACGUCGUCGGAACGUUGGUUGAGGCCAAGCUCCCGCGGACGGUGCGACAGCUCACAAUCGUCGCGCGACGGGUGCAAGUCCCGGGAUACGAGCUGAAGAGCACGUUCGUGGGCUACAACAUCGUGGUAGCGGUGCGAGAGGGACUCUUCCGUAACCUUGGGGUGCGUGGGAGGGGCGUAGUGCGGAAGGUGGAGGUGCUGAGUUCCACGGAAGAGAUAAUUGCACUGGACAGGGUGCGGGAUGCAUGCGCGGAGCACGGUAUCGUCGUCGAGAGAGUGUUGGAAGACGUACGGUACUAG